GCAAGAAGAGGAACCCGGAAGCGGCACCCGGCGCACAGCGUGGCCGCUCGGAGGAGCGACAGGAGCCGGUUUCAGGGGGCGGAGUGGGGUCAGCGCCUCCCUGUUGCGCCGGGCCUCUGGUUACCUGAAAGGAGGUUACAUAUUGAAGAUGAAUGUAGUUUGUCAUCACAUGGAUCGCUGAAUGGGUAAUAAAUGGCCCUUCCUCGACUAACAGGAGCACUGCGCUCCUUUUCAAAUGUCACUAAACAAGAUGAUUAUAGUGAAGAAUCUGCUGAUUUAACGGAUAAAAGAUCCAAAUUACAAGAAGAACAAUCAGAUUCUGAUUUUGUCUGGAAGAGAUUAGUUCAAUUUAUUGAUGAAAUUUCAGUCAAGGAAACCCAAGAGUCUCUACAAAAAGAUUUAAAGACACUACUACAAUCUGCCAAACAAAUAGUGGGAUCUGAGAAUGGACAAGAAGCAAUUGAAAGUGGUGCUGUUUUUCUUUUUAAAAUAUUUCACACAAAGGAAUCUGUUGGCCACAAUGAGACCAAAGCAAUCAAACAGAUGUUUGGGCCCUUUCCAUCGUCCUCUGCAACCGCAGCCUGCAAUGCUACUGCCCGGAUUGUUUCUCACUUUACUGAAGAACAGCUCUCUGCUCUUCUGCAAACGCCAGAACAGCAGAGUAGUGACAGGAAAGUGGCCUUUGGUCAAAACAUAGCAUUUUCGUUUGACAUGCAUGACUUAGAUUGCUUUGAAGAACUGCCAAUAAAUGGUGACAUGGAAGAGCAGAACGCUAUAAGCUUGGAUUACAAGAAAUUGCUGAAUGACCAUUUGGAUCAGUUCCCAAAUUGCUAUGAUGAAGAUGCUGAGCUCACCUCUUCGGAGAAAGUGGAUGAUUCAUUUCUGUGGUGUGAGGUUGGAAAAUACCUGAAUGAAUCGCAAAAGGGAACUCAUGGUGGGCCGACACUGGAACAUCUUUGCUGUACAUUGUAUGAGAUGCUUGCUUCAAAUAAAAGCGGUGAUGAGUUGCAGAAUGAGUUGUUUGAGUUGCUAGGAUCAGAAGGAUUUGAACUCAUAGAGAAGCUUCUACAAAAUAGAGCUAUGAUUCUAGAGAGAUCUUACUCUGGACCAAACGAUAAGCUGCAAUCUUUGCAAGAACAGUGCAAAAGGUUUGCUGGAGAAAACAGUAAACCCAAUUAUGGCUGCCAAGUCACAAUUCAGUCUGAACAGGAGAAACAGUUAUUGAAGCUAUGCCGUCGUGAAGAAAAACGGAGUGCUAGGCGAGAAAAACGAACAGGAGAUGAUGGGGAUGUUUUUGUAGAUGGAGGAAUGUGCUUCGACCCCAAGGAACUGCGAAUGCAAAGGGAACAAGCACUUCAGAAUGCUCGCUCAGUGCCAACUUUAGGCAGACAUCGAGACAUGGAAUAUGAAAAAAUUCAUUACCCUCAUGUUUAUGAUUCACAAGCUGAAGCUAGAAAAACCUCAUCAUUUAUUGGGGGAUCAAAGAUGCUCCUGCCAGAAGGUAUUGAGAGAGAAAAUAAUAAAAUGUAUGAAGAAGUAAAAAUUCCACACAGUGAGCCAAUGCCUAUUGGUUUAGAGGAAAAACCAGUUUAUAUUAAAGAUUUAGAUGAGAUUGGACAACUUGCAUUCCAAGGUAUGAAAAGAUUAAAUCGAAUCCAGUCAAUUGUUUUUGAAACCGCCUACAAUACAAAUGAGAACAUGCUAAUCUGUGCACCUACUGGGGCAGGGAAAACUAACAUUGCCAUGUUAACUGUUCUACAUGAAAUCCGGCAGCAUGUUCACCAGGGAGUUAUCAAAAAGGAUGAAUUUAAGAUUGUUUAUGUCGCUCCUAUGAAGGCCUUGGCAGCUGAAAUGACAAAUUACUUCAGCAAGCGUCUGGAGCCACUAGGCAUCACGGUAAAGGAGCUGACUGGUGAUAUGCAGUUGUCGAAAAGUGAAAUUCUGCGGACGCAGAUGCUUGUGACUACUCCAGAAAAAUGGGACGUUGUGACUAGAAAGAGUGUUGGUGAUGUAGCUCUUUCCCAGCUUGUUAAGCUCCUUAUUCUUGAUGAAGUGCACCUGCUACAUGAAGACAGAGGACCUGUACUAGAAAGUCUGGUAGCACGCACUUUGCGUCAGGUUGAAUCUACGCAAAGCAUGAUUCGAAUCUUGGGUCUUUCAGCAACGCUUCCUAAUUACCUUGAUGUUGCUACAUUUCUGCAUGUUAAUCCUUACAUCGGACUAUUUUAUUUUGAUGGCCGUUUUCGACCUGUUCCCCUUGGGCAGACCUUUAUUGGGAUCAAGACAACCAAUAAGGUACAGCAGUUGAUCAACAUGGAUGAAGUUUGUUAUGAAAAUGUCUUGAAGCAAAUAACAGCUGGACAUCAGGUUAUGGUGUUUGUUCAUGCUCGAAAUGCUACUGUCCGGACUGCGAUGGCUCUUCGUGAAAAGGCUAAGAACAAUGGUCACAUUUGCUACUUUUUGCCAACACAAGGUGCUGAUUAUGGACAAUCAGAAAAACAAGUUCAAAAAUCCAGAAACAAGCAAUUGCGAGAAAUGUUUCCAGAUGGAUUCAGUAUUCAUCAUGCAGGAAUGCUGAGACAAGAUAGGAGUUUGGUGGAGAGUUUGUUUUCUCGAGGCUACAUAAAAGUUUUGGUUUGCACAGCAACUUUAGCCUGGGGUGUCAAUCUUCCAGCUCAUGCUGUCAUUAUUAAGGGAACACAGAUCUAUGCUGCAAAAAGAGGCGCUUUUGUUGACCUUGGAAUUUUAGAUGUCAUGCAGAUAUUUGGCCGAGCUGGGCGGCCUCAGUUUGACAAAUUUGGAGAAGGCACCAUUAUUACAACACAUGACAAACUCAGCUAUUACCUGACUCUGCUUACUCAGCAGAACCCAAUUGAGAGUCAGUUCCUUGAAAGCCUGGCAGACAACCUGAAUGCAGAGGUUGCUCUCGGAACAGUGACAAAUGUCGAGGAAGCAGUAAAGUGGAUAAGUUAUACUUACCUUUAUGUACGGAUGAGAGCAAACCCAUUAGUAUAUGGCAUCAGUCACAAGGCUUAUCAGAUGGAUCCAAGUUUAGAGAAACACAGAGAACAGCUAGUAAUUGAAGUUGGCCGAAAGCUAGACAAAGCCCGGAUGAUUCGUUUUGAGGAGAGAACUGGAUUUUUUUCUUCAACAGAUCUAGGCAGAAUUGCCAGCCACUAUUAUAUUAAAUACAAUACAAUUGAGACUUUCAAUGAACUCUUCGAUGCUCAUAAGACAGAAGGUGACAUUCUUUCUAUAGUGUCCAAAGCAGAGGAAUUUGAACAGAUCAAGGUGAGAGAAGAAGAAAUAGAAGAGCUGGAAACCUUGCUGAGUGAUUUCUGUGAACUUCCCGCUCCAGGUGGUGUGGAGAACAGUUAUGGGAAAAUAAAUAUCCUUCUACAAACCUAUGUUAGCCGAGGAGAGAUGGACAGCUUUUCUCUUAUUUCAGAUUCUGCUUAUGUUGCUCAGAAUGCAGCACGUAUUGUUCGAGCCCUUUUUGAAGUAGCCCUUCGUAAACGCUGGCCUGCAAUGACAUAUAGGUUACUGAACCUCAGCAAAGUUAUUGACAAGCGAUUGUGGGGCUGGGUCAGCCCUUUGAGACAGUUCUCGGUCCUGCCACCACAUGUCCUUGUCAAACUAGAACAAAAGAAUCUCACAUUGGAUAAACUGAAGGACAUGGGGAAAGAUGAAAUAGGGCAUAUGCUCCAUCAUGUGAAUAUUGGAUUAAAGGUCAAACAGUGUGUCCAUCAAAUACCCUCCAUUAUAAUGGAAGCAACUAUUCAGCCAAUUACACGUACUGUGUUGAGAGUCAGGCUGAGCAUCACCCCUGAUUUCAAGUGGAACGAUCAGGUGCAUGGAACUGGUGGAGAGCCCUGGUGGAUUUGGGUAGAAGACCCAACCAAUGAUCACAUUUACCAUUCAGAAUAUUUUAUUAUUCAAAAGAAGCUGGUCAUUACAAAAGAAACUCAGCUCUUAGUAUUCACAAUCCCAAUUUUUGAACCACUGCCAUCCCAGUACUACAUUCGGGCUGUGUCUGACAGAUGGUUAGGAGCUGAGGCUGUGUGUAUUAUUAAUUUUCAGCAUUUAAUCCUACCAGAGAGGCAUCCACCUCAUACAGAAUUGCUGGACCUCCAGCCUUUACCUAUCACAGCCUUGGGACAUCCUGAAUAUCAAGCUCUAUACAAAUUCACACACUUCAACCCAAUUCAGACGCAAAUAUUCCAUACAUUAUAUCACACAGAUUGCAAUGUCCUCCUGGGAGCUCCCACUGGUUCAGGAAAGACAGUUGCGGCGGAAUUAGCUAUCUUUAGGAUUUUCAACCAUUAUCCCACAUCAAAGGCAGUAUAUAUUGCUCCCCUAAAAGCUUUGGUGCGAGAAAGAAUUGAAGACUGGAAAAUCAGAAUUGAAGAAAAGCUUGGUAAAAAGGUUGUGGAGUUGACAGGAGAUGUGACUCCUGAUAUGAGGUCAAUUGCCCAAGCUGACCUUAUUGUUACUACUCCAGAGAAAUGGGAUGGGGUCAGCAGAAGCUGGCAGAAUAGAAGCUAUGUUCAGAAAGUUUCCAUUCUUAUCAUAGAUGAGAUCCAUCUUCUAGGGGAUGAGAGAGGCCCUGUGCUAGAAGUUAUUGUCUCUCGGACUAACUUCAUCUCAUCGCACACGGAAAAACCUGUCCGAGUGGUUGGUCUGUCAACUGCGUUGGCUAAUGCCAGAGAUCUUGCUGACUGGCUAAAUAUCAAUCAGAUGGGUCUGUUCAAUUUCAGGCCUUCAGUGCGUCCAGUUCCAUUGGAAGUACACAUUCAGGGCUUCCCAGGGCAGCACUAUUGUCCCCGUAUGGCAAGCAUGAACAAGCCGGCAUUUCAGGCUAUUCGAAGUCAUUCUCCAGCCAAGCCUGUUCUUAUAUUUGUAUCAUCCCGACGUCAAACUAGACUUACUGCUUUGGAGUUGAUUGCUUUUUUGGCAACUGAGGAUGAUCCAAAACAGUGGCUGAAUAUGGAUGAAAGAGAGAUGAGUGCCAUCAUAGGAACAAUCAGAGAGUCUAACCUGAAGCUUACCCUUGCCUUUGGCAUAGGUAUCCACCACGCUGGCCUACAUGAACGAGAUAGAAAAACAGUGGAGGAGUUGUUUGUCAACUGCAAAAUCCAAGUUCUGAUUGCCACUAGCACAUUAGCCUGGGGUGUCAAUUUUCCAGCACAUUUAGUAAUUGUCAAAGGAACAGAGUUUUAUGAUGGAAAAACAAGGCGUUACGUUGAUUAUCCAAUUACAGAUGUUCUUCAGAUGAUGGGACGUGCUGGUAGACCUCAGUUUGAUGAUCAAGGCAAAGCUGUGAUUCUAGUUCAUGACAUCAAGAAAGACUUCUACAAAAAAUUCCUCUAUGAACCUUUCCCAGUAGAAUCGAGUUUGCUGGAAGUUUUGUCUGAUCACUUAAAUGCUGAAAUUGCAGCUGGAACUAUUACAUCAAAACAGGAUGCAAUGGAUUACAUCACCUGGACCUAUUUCUUCCGUCGCCUUAUCAUGAAUCCCAGUUAUUAUAACCUAGAUGACGUGAGCCAUGACAGUGUGAACAAGUUCCUUUCAAACCUUGUUGAGAAAUCGCUUGUUGAUCUGGAAUACUCUUACUGCAUUAAAAUAGGGGAGGAUGACCGCAGCAUUGAACCGCUGACUCAUGGCCGCAUCGCUUCAUAUUACUAUUUGAAGCAUCCAACUAUCAGGAUGUUCAAGGAUCGUUUAAAACAGGAUUGUAGUGUGGAAGAACUGCUCUCAAUUCUGGCAGAUGCUGAAGAAUAUGCAGACCUCCCGGUGCGACACAAUGAAGACCAAAUGAACAGUGAAUUGGCGAAAUGUGUCCCCAUUGAAGUUAAUCCACAUUCUUUUGACAGUGCACAUACAAAAACCCACCUUUUAAUGCAAGCCCAUUUUGAACACGCUUCGCUGCCAUGCCCAGAUUACGUCACUGAUACCAAAACAGUGUUGGACCAGUCAAUUAGAAUAUGUCAGGCAAUGUUGGAUGUUGCUGCAAAUGAAGGCUGGUUGGUGACUGCCCUCAAUAUAACCAGUUUGUUACAGAUGCUAAUUCAGGGGCGAUGGAUCCAUGACUCCUCAUUGCUCACCAUACCCAACAUAGAAUACCAGCAUCUUCACCUUUUCAGGAAAUGGAACCAAGGAAAGCAAAAAGGCAGUUAUCAGGGACCUAUUGAAUGUCUUCCUGAAGUGAUAGCUGCAUGCGAUGGAAAAGAACAUAUAUUUACCUCCAUGGUAGAUCAUGAUUUGCAUACUACCCAUAUUACACAGGCUUGGCAUUUCUUGUCCCGCUUACCAGUAAUAGAAGUCAGUCUGGUUAUUAAAGGUUGUUGGAAUGAUGCAGUUCAGGAACAGAAAGAGUUACCAGUGUCAAUGCUGGCAACAAGCAUGCGGGAUGACAAAAAGUGGAUGAAGUUGCAUGCAGAUCAAGAAUACAUGCUCCAGAUAAAUCUGCGAAGACUGCAUGUUGGUUAUGUUAAGGGCAAGCAAGACAGCAAAGCAGUUGCACUUCGUUUCCCUAAGACCAAAGAUGAAGGAUGGUUCUUGAUCCUUGGAGAAGUUGACAAGAAAGAACUUAUUGCUCUGAAACGAGUUGGAUAUGUCAGAAGUCACAGUGCAGUCUCCGUUGCUUUUUAUACCCCAGAAACCCCUGGAAAGUAUAUUUACACAUUAUAUCUUAUGAGUGACAGUUACCUUGGAAUGGACCAACAGUAUGACAUUUUUCUGAACAUCAUACCAGCUAGUACUUCUGCACAGGUCAACACAGAAAUCUCUGACGCCUUAAAUGACCUGGGUCUGAAGUCAUAAGGCCUAUGUACUCCCUCCCGCCAGCAUGUUCAUUCUUGGAAAAGAAGACUGUGUUUAACUUGGCACAAUCACCAUCCAACUUUGACAUCUAGAAAAUUGAAAAUGACUGCUGUAUUGAUUCUGACGACACAGAAUUAGCCACAGUGGCCUUUUACCUGAUUAAAGGGUUGCAUUUUUUAAAUAUAUGU